AUGCAGCUUGCAAGCCCUGACCUCGAUGGGUUAUUUCCCUUUGCGACCUUUUUCCUAUCCCUAAUUCAACUGCUGGGCUCUAAUUGGAAAGUCCUUCUACUCUCUUCGUUUCUUAUCUGGUCUGUUACAGUCUUUACACGCCGCGCAAAACAGUCGAAAGAUUCUUCUCCGCUGCUGGUUGAGGGUCCUCCCUCUCGAGUGCCCUUAAAUGGUUCAGACAUCCCUUCAAUAUAUCAUCAUCCAUAUUCGCAAAUAUCUGACAGACCAACUUCAAAGUCGUCUUCCCAAACUCAAAAGAAAGAUCUGAUGGUGAAAGGCGCUCAAAAGCAGGAUCAUCGUGUGAAGCCACCCUACGAUGCCUUCCUUGUUUUGGACGUCGAGGCUACUUGUGAAGAGGGGACCGGCUUUGGGUGGCCUAAUGAAAUCAUAGAGUGGCCUGUUUGUCUCAUGCGCUGGAAGGACAAAUCGGACCAAGGAAGAGCUUGCCAGCUGGAAAUUGUUGAUGAGUUUAGGAGCUUCGUCAAGCCCACAUGGAGACCUCAACUAUCGCAAUUUUGCACGCAACUUACAGGAAUCACGCAAGUCCAAGUCAACACAGCACCAACCUUCCAGAAGGUUCUGAAGAUGUUUGCACGUUUUCUGGCCAAUCACGGAUUAAUCGACCCAAAGAGCGGGAGACCUAUACAACGCUUCUGUUGGUGCAGCGACGGACCUUUCGAUAUAAGGGAUUUCGUCGUGAAGCAAUGUUUUAUAUCGAAGAUACCUAUGCCAUUGUGGCUCAAAGGGGAUAUUCUCGACGUCAGGAAAGUUGUCUCGGUUUGGGCAGUUGCGUCUAGCAACCCGGACACCACAAUCAAGCCUUCGGCACGUUCUCACAUUCGAUCAUUGAACAUACCACAGCAGUUGCAAGUCCUCGGGUUGCCAGCGUUUCAAGGCCGUUUGCACAGCGGUAUUGACGACACACGGAACAUCGCACGUGUGAUGACUGAGCUUGCUCGUCGUGGAGUCCGUUUGGAACCCAAGACAUCCAUCAAUCCAAAUCGUCGCUGGAAUUGGAUGGGAAAGUCUGGGGUGGUUCUCGAGCACACUCUAGUGUUCCAAUGA